GAAUUCUUGACAAUGGUCAAUAUCUUGUUUUAUGUACUCGGAAAGAACAAACUGAAUUACUUUCUCAAGCAUUGUAUGUUGAAAUCGAUAUGGCAUUUAAAAGGGUUCAUGGUAUUACAAAUGAAUGGGAAAUUUGUGCAUAUGCUAAUCGUUAUCAAAAAAAGUUUGGACAAUAUCUUCAUUCGAAAUAUAGCCAUUUGUUAUGUGAAGAAUAUUUAAAGCAUAUUUAUAAAUUAUGCCAAGUUCAUUUUAAUCAGAAUAUUCGAAAUAAAGCUGUAUCCGAUGAAACAAAAGAAUUAAUGUAUUCCAUUACUAAAUUAGAUACUAAAGAACAAGUAUUAAACGUGUUAGAAAAAAUUAAAGAAUCGGGUGAACAAGAAGCAACAG